ACCGCAGCGGCGUGGGGUUUUCCACGCAAAAGUUACUCUCGGUUCUCCUGGCGCUGUGCAGAGAUUAAAAACUGUGCGCUCGCUGGAAGGUGCAUUAAAAGCUGUUUGAUAACCGAGGUGCGCGUGAAGCAAAGUGUGCGCAAACAGGAUGGCCGAGCAACAAAACGAGCCGCUCCUCACUCCUCCCGCGGAGGGCACCGUGGUCAACAUGGGAACUCCAAGAGAUGACUCCUCGAAGAAGGCGUUCAGGGUGGCCGGCUUCACCGUGCUGGCCUGCCUGCUCAUUGCUGGCCAGGCCCUCACCGCCUACUUUGUCCUGAGCCAGAAGACCCAGAUCACUAACCUGGAGCAGCAGUCCGAUUCGCUGAAGAAGGAGCUGAACCGCCGCCCAUCUGGUGGUUCCUCUGCCAGCAAGGCCAUGCACAUGCCCUCGUACAAUCUGCCCAUGAUGAUCGAUGAUGCGUCUGAGCAACUGAAACCCCAGGGAGACCCCAGUGUCCUGACCAAGUGUCAGCAGGAGGCAGCUGCCCCGCAGCCAGACCCCACAGGUUUCCGCCCGAUGUGUGACAGGCAGGGUGGCUACAUGCCCGUGCAGUGCUGGCGCAGCACUGGCCUUUGCUGGUGUGUCAAUAAGGAUGGGGUGAAGCUCACUAACACCGUCACCUCUGGGACCCCCAGCUGCGGCGGCAUGGUAGCCGCCUCUCGUGGCCUGGCAUUCGCGCCCAGCCAGCUGAAGAGUAGUGAUGAGUAGAGUCACUGAGCUGUGACCGCAGGACGUACAUGGCUGUUACCGUCCGAGCUCUUCCUGCAAAAAUCUAUAAUCCUGAAGUAAUCAUUAACAAGCUUUUCUUAACAUCUGCUUAAAGAUCAUGCAUUUUAUACGUUGGAAGACUUUUUUUUAACAAGACCUCGGUUUUGAAAUAGGUAUAAGCAACUUACUUAGGUAAUUUGUUGAUUGACAGCUGAUUUCCUUUUGGUAUGUUCUCGGUGUGCUUUUAGGAAGCUCUUGAAGUAGAUCUUAUUACUCUGUUCUCAAUGUGACCCUCCCUACCUUUGCCACUCCCACACCCAUCCCAUGUAUCCCCUCUCAGAUCCAAACUUUCACCUCAGAGAUAUUAAGAUCCACAUUGUUUCAUGUGGUUUGUUUACUGUGUGAAGCUAAUGUAUGUGUUUGUUACAACCAGAUGUGUGCUAAAGGUCUGAGAGCGCUCCUGCACUGUGCAAGAGAGAAGUGACAAAUAAAAUUAUC